AUGGGGCUCUUCAAGCGCAAUUCGAAAACGUCCGAACGAGACGAGAAUGAAUCCUUCGUCUCCGUCAAUAGCGCACGAACAUCAAAUACAUCCCUGCGAUCACCAGGGUACAAAGGCAGUGGUCCACCAGCCUCAAUCCCUGAACUACCCAUCGCAAGACCACCAGAUCCCGCAUUAGACCCCGCCGCAUAUCUACGAAGCAUCCAUGCCGUGCGCGAACGAUCCACCAUAAUUCUAAACAAAGCCAAAGCGAACACCCUCAACCACUUCGAUGUCGACAUGAGCAAGUUCGAAGCUACCGCUUCCUACGUCGUUUCAAUCAUUAAGAGAGAUUACGCCCCGGAUUACGGGGACAUUCCGCCUCAUGGCCGCUGGCAGCAUUUCGAUAUCGGUGGCAGACCCCGUGUAAAUCAACUUCUGCAGUCCUGGCCCAGUCGCAUUGAUGCGCAGGAGCGCACUCGCCGUUUGAUCGAUCUCUUUGUGGUUUCGGUGUUACUUGACGCGGGCGCCGGGAAUAAGUGGUCGUAUCGAUCCAAGGAGUCCGGCAAGGUCUUUUCACGGAGUGAGGGUCUGGCCGUGGCGAGUUUGGAAAUGUUCAAAUCUGGUCUGUUCAGUAGUGAUCCGACGGAGCCUUGUCAGGUUGAUGGGGCGGGGUUGAAAAAAAUUACGACCGAUGUCCUGGCUAAAGGGAUGCAACAUUCGGAGCAGAAUCCCCUGGCGGGGAUCGAAGGGCGCGCGGGGCUCUUGGUGCGGCUUUCGGAGGCGCUGAACAAUCAAGAUUUCUUCGGCGUGGACGCUAGACCGGGAAAUAUGCUAGAUUAUCUCCUUGGUCACCCCUCAACACUCGCUUCUUCCGUUCCGAUUGUGCCGAUCACGACUUUGUGGUCUGUGCUAAUGGAUGGUUUCUCUCCGAUCUGGCCACCUUCGCGAACUCAGAUUGACGGUGUUCCUAUUGGAGACGCGUGGAAAUGCUCGGAUCUUCCCAAUUCUCCGCCUGCGCAGCAGUGGGAAAGCAUCGUCCCAUUCCACAAGCUCACGCAAUGGCUCUGCUACUCGAUCAUGGUCCCAAUGUCUAAAUUGAUGAGCAUUCACUUCGCCGGCAGCGAUCUUUUGACCGGACUUCCGGAGUACCGGAACGGCGGUCUCCUGAUCGAUUUAGGACUUUUGUGUCUCAAGGCAGACGAUAUGCAGCGCGGAAUUGACGCCUAUAAGGAGAAUGCGCGGAUUAAGGGUCAACCGAAUGUCGAGGUGGCUCCGUUGUUCUCCGCGGACGACGAUGUGAUUGUGGAAUGGCGCGCAGUCACCGUUGGAUUCUUGGAUGAGCUCUUAGAAGAGGUCAACUCUCAAUUGGGACUCAGCGGGUCCGAGGAACAACUUUCUCUUGCACAAAUGCUCGAGGCAGGAACUUGGAAGGGUGGUCGCGAAAUCGCAGAAGUCUCACGACCAAACACCAAGGAACCUCCCAUCAUGAUACGAUCUGACGGCACUGUCUUCUAA